GGAGAGUGGGGCAUCCUUGGACUGCUCCUGAAUUAUAUAUAGCCACCUGCUGGUCUGCCUGUGUACGUACAGAAAGGACCCAAGGGCUGAUGCUCCAGAUUGCCUUGGCAUGCGCAACUCUUACAAGGACCUAGGAAGGGCGCCCUUUCCUGCCUCCCCCACAACAUCUUAGUCUUAACAGAAUCUCUGAGGGAUGUACAUUUGUCAAGUCCAACCUCGAGCAUUAAGUAACCCUUCUGAUGGUCUCAGAUAGGGAACUAUGGAGCCAGAGAAACAGAAAGGAAACUCAGGCAAGACUCCGGGGUUUUCAGAGACAAUGGAAGAGAACAGCUUUUCUGGCUCCCUGUUUUGUGUUUUCUGCAUCCGUGGAUCAUCCCAGCUGAGAAAGAGGUCAAGCCCCACUACCUACUGUGUUUCUUCUUCUCUAUAUCUAGGUUACUUUUAACAUAAAACCGAAGGCCUGCCAGGUUAGAACCACUCAGGAUUCCCUCUCUGGAAGCAGUGUGUGCAUGGUAAAGUAGUAUGAAGACAGAGGGUGUGAUUCAAAGCUUGGUGUGCUGCCGGGCUGCCGGUAACUCACAAAGGCCAACUAUUUUUCUCCCUUGUUCUUGGUAUGUUAUAAGCAUUUAAUAGAUAGUUAACAUUUGUUUCUAUAAAACAUGUUUCCAUAAAAGCCUGUUUUUCACCAUACAUGGUUGAAUUGAGAGCUGUGUGUUUUCACUUGACCCGUUUAGAUUUUCAUUUUGAAUUUUUGGCUUUGUUCUUAAUCAAGUUGUGACUUGUUUAACAAGUUAGGAGGUAAAUUCACAACAAUUGUUUCAAGUAUCUACUCUUCUAAAAAUUACUGAAUGAGAGUAUUGGCUCAUCACAGAAGCCAUAGAGAAGAGGCUGGUGGGGAGAGGGAUAGGAUAACACAGCUCCAGGCUCCCAGGUCACAGUGAAGAGAAAUGGCAGAUACAAACAAGAGUAGAAGAGAGGGAGAACAGGAGUGGAAGUGAGCUUUAGUCAAAGACUGGAAGGGGUCAGUGUAUAAACCCCAUAACAGGGGCUAUUCCUGGACCAGGGAGCAUCCUUGGGGAUACACACCCCACGAAGAUCAGGCUUGUGAAGGUUCUGACAUGCUUGGCACUGUGAGACUCUUGGGUUCAUGUGGCUCAAUUUUGUUUGUUUGUUUUUUCAAUUCUGAGUCAGAAUUAAAUUGGCCUGAACUGUUGGAGUUCUGUUCUAUAUUCUGUGAAACCAAGGGAGACUUCUUAUGUACAAUUAAAUGAAACGUAAUGAAAUGUGGAACAGUAAUACACUGAAUAGAGAUAGUUAUAAUUUUUGCCUUCUUUUUACCUUACCAAAUGGGCAGCACUGCUUCAAGGACGGGGUGUGCAUGAGUACAUGUUAGUAUGUGGUGGAAAGAUCCACACACAUAACUGGUUGUGUUGUCUAAAGUCUUCAGAUUUUUUUAGCCCCAGGCUAGUUGUGAAACAACAGUGAAAGUCUUAUGUAUAGUAAAAUGUCAAGACAUUCUGUUCCCUACUCCCAGUCCAAAUACUUGCAAUUCAUGACCUGAACAAAAAAAAAUUCACAGUACAUUUUGGCUUGACAGGCGUGUCAUUAUGUUUAUGAGUGGGUGGUUUUAUUUAUUAUUUCUAUUCAUACUGUAAUUGUUUUUCUGUAUCCAUGGGAGAUUUGUUCUGAAACUCCUAUAGAUGUCAAAACUGUGCAUGGUCAAAUCCCCUAUGUAAUAUAAUCUACAUAUACACUGUUCUAUAUAAUCAUCAUGUGUAUAUUACUAAUGAUACCUUAUACAUUGUAAAUACUACACCAGUAACUGUUACUUUACACUGUUUAAUAACUAAUGACAAGAAUCGUUUUUUAACAUUUCCAGUGUAGGAUUGCUGAACCCAUGAAUGCAGAAUCUACAGAUAUGAAGGACUAACAUAUUCUUACAGAGUGUUGCAUGGUGCAUAGUACUGCUUGUCAACAGAAUAGUAUACCAUGGCGUCUUAGUUAAGGUUUCUAUUGCUGUGAAGAGACGCCACGACCAUAACAAUAUAAGGGAAACUAUUUAAUUGGGGCUGGCUUAUAAUUUCAGAGGUUUAGACCAUUAUCAUAGCAGGAAACAGCAGCAUACAAACAAACAUGGUGCUGGAGAUGGGCUGAGAGUUUACAUCUUGAUCCGCAGGCAGCAGAAAGAGAGUGCUUCCACACUGAACAGUGCAUGAGCAUAUAAGACCUUAAAGCCCACCACCUUGAUGAUGACACACUUCCUCCAAAAAGGCCACACCUACUCCUAUAAGGCCACACCUCCUCAUAGUGUUGCUCCCUAUGGACCUGUGGGAGCCAUUUUUAUUCAAACCACUGCACAUGGACUACAUUAUUAAAAGAAAUUAUGGAACUGCUUUCUAAAAACUAGAAAAAUAUGGCAAUCUGUAUUUAAUUAUACACAGAGAUAGCAAUAUGGAAUGUUGAUAAUCAUACUAAUGGUACAAGGGAACCCAAAGAGAAACAUGUCAUAGCCCUCCCUACUGCCAUCCCAUUGAGCUACACAUGGAGAAAUCAUUAAGUCGCCUGAGGGUCACAGUGAAGCCCAAGGCCAGUGCUAUGUGCUUCUCAGCAUCCAACCCAGUUCCUUACACCUCACUCUUCUCCCCCUUUCUGGAGUCCUCUGGAGCUAGAUCUGUGAUUUAAAACUUCUCCUCCAUCCUGUUACUCUGCUCCCUCUUCCUGUCCUGAAGCCGUCUAGUGCUCCCACCAUCAGCUCUGACUAAGACUCCAGAAAAUAUGAGGCAGGUACGCAAGCUUACCCAGCCGCUGGCAUUUAUAUCCAACAGAAGAAGAAGCCAUGAUCAAAAAAGGAGGUCAAAGCAGUGUUUUCUGGGUCAUGUCAGAGCUUUUCACUCCCUCAUAGCCAGUGACCUCAUCAGAACAUCACCAUCAAAUAGGUCCCACACGCCCCUUCUAGAAAGAAAGGAAUAAAUCUCUCCACAGCUUGUCCCAAGUAGGCCUCAUGUUUGCGGUCAACACCACUGUGGCAAGAGCAGGCCAUUUCUCCCUAUCAUACACCCAGGACUCCUGGUCUAGUGUGUAUCAAUCAGAACUACUUAUUUCUAAAUGAAUAUGACGUGUUCCUGAAAUCACAAAUUAAUUCCUGGGAUACUAAUACCAUGUUAUAACAGAAUCCCAAGUGUGAGAGAGCAUACAGCCUUGCAAGACUGUUGGAAAAGUAGUGGCCCCAGGGGACAGCUAAAUUUUAACUAAGACAGGAUAGGGAGCAGAGUAAUGGGAUCUUAAUACAUGUUUAUUUAUAUACUAAUGAAUUAAAUUAUUUAUACGAUGACUGCUCAAAGAAGGCCUGGGAGAUACAGCUACCAAACACUAGAAUCAAAGGACAGCGAGAACUUAGACCUCUAUGUGAAGCUCUUAGGCUGAGAGGUCUUCCUACAAAUGAGCUAGCAACUUCUCUCUUGGCUGCCAAGAAGGAACAACUAUUAAACAGAAAAAUGAAACACUAAUAAACCCAAUAUUAUUUUUUCAAGGCCAUGAAAUCUAAUAGGCAUAGACUUCCAAUAAGUCAUGUCAAGCAGCUUACUGGACGUGGCCUUCAUCUCCCAAGACUGUGUUUCUUAGUUGUCUAGCUUUUAGAAUCACAACCAUCUGAGGAGCUUGCUGAAAAUGCAGGUUCCUGAGCCUCAUCCCACAGUCCUGAGUAAAGUCAUCUGUGAGAUGGAUAUGGAGAUCCACAUUUUCAAUGAGUUGACUAACUGUUCUUCGAUUCGUGGAGUGUAGGGAACAUCUUUACCAAGAUACCAGUGGCUUCAUGGGAUAACCUUCCUCAGCCUUGUUUAUGUCUUCUUAGAGAAUAACACGUGAAUGCAUGGAGUGAAAUGACUCUAAGCCUCAAUGUCUGGAGAUGGUAACAGUGGGCUUCAGAAGCUCCCAGAUCCAGAGUGAUUCUGCUCACUGUUGGGUUGGGAGCGAGCUUUCUGCUUGGAUCUUGGACGGUCACAGGUUGCAGAGAAGGUUCGGAAUAAAUUGCCUCAUCCAGUUCGAAGACUUUGCCAAUGCCAAUGCCUUCCGUCUACUCAACAAAUACCGCAACAAGUACUGUAUGUUCAAUGAUGACAUCCAAGGCACAGCCUCUGUCGCUGUGGCAGGGAUCCUGGCUGCUCUGAGAAUCACCAAGAACAGACUGUCCAAUCAUGUGUUUGUUUUCCAGGGUGCGGGUGAGGCAGCCAUGGGCAUUGCCCACCUCCUUGUCAUGGCCCUGGAAAAGGAAGGCAUACCCAAGACAGAGGCCAUAAAGAAGAUCUGGAUGGUGGACUCCAAGGGUCUGAUUGUCAAGGGAAGAAGCCACCUAAACCAUGAGAAGGAGAUGUUUGCCCAAGACCACCCUGAAGUCAACUCCCUGGAGGAGGUAGUAAGGCUGGUGAAGCCCACAGCAAUUAUAGGUGUCGCUGCCAUCGCAGGAGCCUUCACGGAGCAGAUUCUGAGGGACAUGGCUUCCUUCCAUGAGCGCCCUAUCGUCUUUGCCCUGAGCAACCCCACCAGCAAGGCUGAGUGCACAGCUGAGAAGUGCUACCGGGUCACCGAGGGCCGAGGAAUCUUUGCCAGUGGAAGUCCUUUUAAGAGUGUGACUCUGGAAGAUGGCAGGACAUUCACUCCUGGUCAGGGAAACAAUGCCUAUGUGUUUCCUGGGGUAGCUCUGGGUGUCAUCGCUGGUGGGAUCCGGCACAUCCCAGAUGAAAUCUUCCUCCUGACGGCAGAGCAAAUUGCCCAAGAAGUCUCUGAGCAGCACCUGUCUCAGGGGAGACUCUACCCACCACUCAGCACCAUCCGAGAUGUGUCUCUGAGAAUUGCAGUCAAAGUCCUCGACUAUGCAUACAAACACAACUUGGCCUCCUACUAUCCAGAGCCCAAGGACAAGGAGGCUUUUGUAAAAUCUCUGAUCUACACUCCAGACUAUGACUCCUUCUCACUAGACACCUACAGCUGGCCUAAGGAAGCUAUGAGUGUUCAGAAGGUCUGACGCAGUCUCCAGAGAUGGUUUGGGCUGGAUGAAGAAAUACAAUAUAAACCGGUUCCAAAAUGGCCAGUCUUGUCUCUGUGGUUAUAUUUGUCAUUUGUCUUCCUUUGGGUUUGGGGGUAGAUGCUAAGGCAAACAGCGAUGAUAGCUUUGUUCCUGAAGGCCCUGGAGACUCAUUUUCCUAUAACCUUUGUCUGAAUUCCUUUCUGAAUAUCUCUUUUACUAUUAAUUGCUAUCUACUAAUCAAACCUUCUGGAAAUUUCUGCCUAGAACCUCACCUUUGUAGAGGUAAAGGUCUAGAUUGGACAUGAGUCCUUUUUCAUAAGAGAGAAAGUGUUAUGUCCAUGAAAAAAAAAAGUUAAUAUAGAAGACAGCAUGCUCGGAGGAGAAUGGACACUUCCUAUAAAGACAAAAAGGAGAGCUGGCUUUGUACUUUGCCCCAAGAAUAAAGGGUGGGUUAAGUCAUAAACACUCAAGAAAUGCAAGCAAAGCUACUUGCUAGAAAAUGAGGUCCACUCCUCAGGAAGUUAAUCCCUUUCAGAAGAAUAUAUUACCUUCAAGACUCAGUAGGAUGUGGGGGGCUGAGUGGCUAGACGUUCAUCAAGAGGGCUCACUGCCCUUUGGGUUGUUGAGUACAUUCUUUUUUGUCAUCACUAAAAGUAGAGAAAUAGGGGUGGGAAGGGUCAGCAUGCCAAAGACUGAGGAAAAGGAGACGCAGUGAGAGUAAACACCGUGAGGAAGGUCAGCCCCGUUAGAUUUAAUGUCUAACAAAGACGUGAUUUAAUGUUCCGAGUUCUGGAACAGAUUCUCCUUCCCAUCCUUCACACUGGCAUAACUGAGCAAGUCAAAGCAGUUUGCUUGUAGAGAUGACGUCAGUCUGACCUUGGUGUUUUGGAGGCCAGUUUAGUGAAAACUUCUACCUCUCCCAUGUUGAGAAGUACUCACACUCCAAGACAAACAGUAAAGAACAGCUUGGAGCCCCUGCUGUGACCCAUCUCAUUUCACUGUAUAAGUCAUGCUUAAGACCUACCCCUGCUGUCUCCUCGGCCAGGAUUCCUGCUGCCUAUAAGAGUAGGUCCGAUUUGACUGUCUCUCAGUUCAAGCCAGGUAAACUAUAAAGAUCCAUGGAGAGAAUUUAGCAGAUUCAUGAAUCAAUCAUCCCUUGUUUGGGUCUUAUUCUUCCACUAUCAGCUUCCUUUGGUGCUAGUUCUCAGCCAACAAUCUCCCCAAAGCAUAGACCUAAAUGCAGAAAGUAAAACUCUACAUUUCUCGAAGAGAAUAAAGCAGUCAGUCCUUGUGAAGAUCCCCCAGUAAUCUCUGCUUACAAUCUCACAUGCAAUGACUGCAUCCCUGGGAAUACAACUCGCAAAAGAUGGAAGACACUGGCUAAGGUCUCCAAUGUUCUGAUCUAUUGCAUCAGUCCCACAUGGCCGCCAAGAGCCCUGUCGGAUUUCUCAUUUCCUCAGGAGACACCAUCUGCCUAGACCCAGCUUAAUCCUUUUUAUUCCAACUCCAGAAUCAGUAAAUAUACCCAGAGAAGACAAUUGCUGCUUAUAUCAGAAAGGCUCCCUCCACAGAAUCAGAUACUGCUAGUCGAUAUUCUUCUCAGAGUUCUCACAUAUGGCUUUGGAAAUGUCUUCCUGUUUUUUUUUUUUAAUUGGUGCAGGUAGUGUCUUGGGGUUCCAUCAUCUAAUCUACUAUAUCCUAUGCAGAGAAUUAGAAGUUUCUAGACAUAGAUUUUCAAAAUUCCAGAUAUAUUCUUUUUUUCAAAAACAAUUUUUAUUAGAUAUUUUCUUCAUUUACAUUUCAAAUGCUAUCCUGAAAGUCCCUUAUACCCUCCCCCCACCUUGCUCCCCAACCCAUCCACUCCCACUUCCUGGCCUUGGCAUUCCCCUGUAUAUAUUCUUAAUACCUUAAUACCUUAAUUGAAUUAUAUUCAAAGAAUAUUUGGGGGAAAUUUUUGUCAAAUGUUAUGAUCAAAUUUAAGAAGACUGUUCACAUCCUCUUACAAACUGAUAUGUACACCAACAUGGUUGCAUGAAAUACCUUUUGUUUGGGGGGGUUAUUAUUUUAACCAUUUCUAUACAUUACUGAAUUUUGUGUCUACUCAACCUAUUUCUGAAAGAUAAGCAGAGUUAUGGGAAACUUCAA